CGAUUGUAGAACUACCGCUAGAAUUCAAGAGUCUGGACCUUGUAGGAAUCAGCAGAGCUACAACACCCCACAAUGUCAGAACGUCUAGACGAAAAUUCUGUGUCCCGAGGAUCCCAAACAAAUUCUCAACCUAAUUCCAACUCCAAUUCUGACACCACCACCUCCAACUCGAACACGUAUUCAAGCACAAAUACACACACAAGCCGCAACGGCUCUCACAAUGGAGUCAGAAACCAUAGCAUUAAAGUUCAAAUCCCGGAAAAUCCGUUUGAGCACACAGAAGUCAGAACAUAUAAACAUCAACCUAACACUGUACCGCCAUAUGUGCUAGAUACGCUUUCCAAGGAUCCCGUAGAUGUCCAGCAGACGGGACAUGGGGCCAGUAUUACAGGACCAGACAACGAAGUGAAUCCGCUGAUGAAAUCAACGCAUUCGAAGCAAACUGAGGAAGACCAGUUUCUCAGUUAUGCUAACGAUCCAUUCGUAAAGGCUAUGGGGCAGGACUGGAACAAGUUCUUGACCUCUGUAGAACAGCCACAGAGUUAUACAUCGGACAAGAUUCUUAUCGACAAUAACUACUCCUUUGCGUGGAACUUGAACGGUGAAUGGAAAGGUGACGAACGGUUAAGAGAUGAGCUAGAAGGAGCCUAUUUCAAACAGAAUAGAAACGAAAACCAGGAACGAGCAGGAUUUUUCAGGCGAUAUUUUAGUAUGGACCCUGUUAGCGAAGAUAAGGAGAGCCCUCGAGUAAGAUCUACAGCUGGGUAUUGGAUGUCUGGUGCUAACAAGCAGGAUAUGAUCACCAACAUCAUCAGUAGCUCCAAACGAAUGCUUGUUAGAAACCCUCUCAUUCCCUUGUUCUUGAGAAUUCUCAUUAUUCUCUUCUCUGCCUGUGCCUUGGCGCUCGCAUGUAACAUAUUUGUCUCUUCCAAACGAAAAUACAACGGCUCGCCGUUGGAGGAACAGCCCAGUACCAUCAUGGCUAUAGUAGUUCAGUGUUGCGCUGUGUUGUACGUGAUAUACAUUGCUUAUGACGAGUACCAUGGUGAGCCUCUAGGCCUUCGGGACCCUUUGGGCAAGAUGAAGUUGAUCAUGUUGGACUUGUUGUUCAUCAUCUUCUCUUCGGCGAAUCUCUCGCUUACCUUGAAUACAUUGUACGACGAUGAAUGGGUUUGUAAAUCCAACAACAAGCUCGAGAGUGUCGGGGUUUAUUCUCCUGUCAUCGGACCCAUUUGUCGUAGACAGAGGGCACUCGCGGCGUUUUUGUUUCUUGUAUUGUGUUUGUGGGUGGUGACGUUUACGAUUAGUAUAAUAAGAGUUGUGGACAGAGUGACUACCUCGGGACCAAGAAAUGAGUAGACUAUAAGAUAAUGGAUGAUAGGGAUAAUAGAAAGGAUAAUAAGACUUGAAGCAUACUAAUUAUUAAUGUAUAUGGAGUG